GAAAAGCAGAGGGGGCCAGAUGAGGAGGGACCUCGCAUCCUCCUUCGCUACCGCCGCAUCCUCUUCCUCGGCAGCCGACGCGCUCCGGGGCUGGUGGGAUGACGUCAACGAGUCGCCCCAGUGCCAGGACGCGGCCUUCUUCUCCCUCGCCGCCGCCUACGCCCUCGUCUCCGCCGUCGCACUGAUUCAGCUCGUCAGGAUCCAGCGCCGGGUGCCCGAGUUCGGAUGGACCACGCAGAAGGUCUUCCACCUCAUGAACUUCCUUGUCAACGGGGUCCGUGCUCUGGUAUUCGGCUUCCAUGUCCACGUCUUCCUCCUCCGCGCAAAAGUAUACAAGUUGGUGUUGCUAGAUCUCCCUGGUCUGUUGUUUUUCUCCACCUACACCUUGCUCGUGCUCUUCUGGGCAGAAAUAUACCAUCAGGCUAGGAGUCUCCCAACAGACAAGCUGAGGCCUGCAUACAUUGCCGUUAACACCAUCAUAUACGUUGUUCAGGUUUGCAUAUGGAUAUACCUUGGGAUAAAUGAUAAUGCUGUGGUCGAGCUAGCCAGCAAAAUAUUCAUCGUAGCUGUCUCCUUCGUUGCGCUUCUUGGCUUUUCAGUAUAUGGUGGAAGGUUAUUUGUCUUGCUGAGACGUUUCCCUAUUGAAUCUAAGGGGCGGCAAAAGAAGCUUUAUGAGGUUGGGACUGUGACAGCAAUUUGUGUUACCUGCUUCCUGAUAAGAUGUGUUGUGGUUGCAUUAUCUGCGUUUGAUGCCGAUGUAUCUCUCGAGGUUUUGGACCAUCCAGUCCUAGAUUUCUUCUAUUAUAUGCUUGCGGAGAUACUGCCUUCUGCGCUAGUUCUCUUCGUCCUUCGGAAGCUUCCUCCCAAGCGGGUUUCGGCACAAUACCACCCUAUUAACUAGAGAGUUUUGUUUUUUUUUAAUGAUGUUACAUGCUAAGAACUCCGGAUAAUCUGAAACUACUGGAAACCUACAGCCGGCUGUAGUUGGAUGCUUUUGCUUGUGCUGUUAUGUUUAUGGAAGCAUCAGUGUUGGCGAUGAAUAUAAUGACGAUCAUUCUAUAUGGGGAAGUGGUGCUAAUGAAUGAAUACUCCUUUUAU